GGCGUGUGCACGCAGGCUCCGUGUUACUGCCUCAUCAUGGAGUACUGCGCGCAGGGCCAGCUCUACGAGGUGCUGAGGGCCGGCAGGAAGAUCACGCCGUCCCUGCUGGUGGACUGGGCCAUGGGCAUCGCAGGCGGCAUGAACUACCUCCACCUGCACAAGAUCAUCCACAGAGAUCUCAAAUCACCCAAUAUGCUGAUCACACAUGACGACCUGGUGAAGAUCUCAGACUUCGGCACGUCUAAGGAGCUCAGAGACAAGAGCACCAAGAUGUCGUUUGCAGGCACUGUGGCCUGGAUGGCGCCCGAGGUGAUUCGGAACGAGCCCGUGUCUGAGAAAGUGGACAUCUG